AGAAAACCUUUAUCGAUCUUCAAACUUCCUCCUUCACGAAUUGCACUUCCAGUAGUUGUAGAUCUGAAAAGUUAAGGUUCACUCCAUCGUCGUCAAGCUCAAAUUCAUCACCGGAGAUGGCGGACUGGGGACCAGUACUGGUGGCGGUGGUACUAUUUGUGCUGUUAACACCGGGACUGUUAUUCCAGUUGCCUGGUCACAACAAGGUGGUGGAGUUCGGAAACAUGCACACCAGCGGAGCCUCCAUUAUUGUUCACGCCGUUAUCUAUUUCGCUGUCCUCACUAUCUUCCUCAUCGCCAUCGGCGUUCAUGUCUACGCCGGCUAGUUAUUGCCGUUCCGGCGAGGUAUUUUCUGAUUCACUGUGUUGUUCCCCUUCUGGUUUUCAGUCGCUUCACUAUAUUUACAUUUACCCCCCCUGCAUUUUUCUAUUUAUUGACUUUUUACCCCCCAUCGUUCAUUAGAUUUGGUUUUUUAUGAAUUUGUAUGUGUAUUUGAGAAUUAUUGGUAUAAAAGUUUGUUUACAUUGACGGUGAA